ACGGAGAGGAGCACGAAAUAGAAGAAUAUGAUCUCUUUAAGGUGACGACUGAGAGAGAAGGAAUUGAAGCAAUCUUUGGCGGGGAUGUUUUAUCUUAGGCCAACUCUUUCGUUGUACAAGUUUUGGGUUUUACUGGCCUGUCCCGCUUUGUCAGUGGUUUUUGGGUGUUCUGAUCAACUGGAUUCUGAAGCUUGUGGAAUUGGAUGGAAGUUUUUUAACACAUCCUGCUACAAAAUAUCCAGUCGCUCGAAAACAUGGGAGGAAGGUCUGGCGGAUUGUAAUUCUAUGAAUGCGGAUCUUGUUGUGAUAAAAAGCCAAGAGGAAAUGGAUUUUAUUUACAGUUUAUUUGUAAAGCCUCUGCAGUCCGGGAGCGCUUGGAUCGGGCUUAAUUUUAAAGGUGGCUCAUUUCUUUGGAUUGAUGGUACUAAAGUGACGUAUAGAAAUUGGAAUAUCGGGGAGCCAAACAACAUCAAGGGCGUUGAACACUGUGUGGAGACUUUGGUAAACAGCGGCAAGUGGAACGAUAUCGCCUGCUCUGUUAAGAGACCGUAUGUAUGCAAAAGAGCUGGUCAUCUGAUUCGUCCAUCAAGAUUCAUGUCUGCCGAACUCGACAACAGGGAUCACGCUCUUAUAGAUCAGGCAUUUGAAGAAUAUUUCGUCGCUAACGUCACAGAGUGCUUAAAGAGGUGCCUGUCCCGAGAUAAAUGCUUUUCUUUCAACUACGAGUACUUUGGAGCAGUAUGGAAAAAGUGUGAACUAAACAACUCUACAAGGGCCUGGACACGAGAUAAAUAUCUUUGGAGGCAUGGUUUUAUCUACUAUGAUUAGCUUUUGCUUUUCUUUCCAUUUUUGAGCUUUGUUAUUCAUCUAUGUCUUUAUUCAUUAAUUUACUCACUUAUUUGUUUAAUUUUCAUUUCACAUGAGAAUAAUUUGAUGCCAAAAAAGGUUCCUUGAGCCGAAUGAAAAAUCUAUGAACAUGUUAUCUGAUCAAUUUGAUUGCCGUUGCUGGUUGAUUAUCAAAUCCGAGUCCUUUUAAUCUAACAGAUCAAAUUCCCUUUAACUUUAAUUUAUUUCGGCUUGACAUAAAUGUACUUUUCUCUUUUCAAAGAGCGGACAACAUUUAAAUCAUUCUGAGUUUGCCAUGAAUUUCUUCAAAAUUAUCUGAGAUGGAAUCAGACCAUGACAACCCAUUCUGACGUCACGAACCGCCAUCUGACUGUAAACCAAUCUUCUCGGUUUCUAAAUCUUUUUUCGUAACUUUUCUCCGCCCGGAAAUUUAUAUAAGUACGUUUAGAAAGACGUAAAUAAAGAGAAAUAAAGAGACAACGAGACCCGAAAGAGAAUUAAAAUGAGAAAACAAAAUCAACAUGUAGAUAUAAAAACGUCUAGUAAACUAAUAUCAAGAUCCGGACUGUAAUAAUUUAUAAAAGAAUAACUUGUCACUCGGCGAUGUAAUCUCGUUUUUUCUUUCUCUUUCAAGUCUUCUCUACGUAAACUUUAAAUGUAAAUGAAAGGCAAAUAAAUCAAAAAAAUUUAAGUUUGACCAUGUAACUUUGUAAUCG